AGCACAAACACACAUUACAUACUCAGGCCUAUUACACUGAUUAUUCAUCAAAUUAAAUAAUUCUACAAUUAUAUAUGCCUAAAUAAUUAUCAGAAACAUAACUGAAUUCAUGUUAUCAUCGCACUGAGAGUAAAAUAUUGAUCCAAAAUGCUACAAGCGACAAAGCCUACAGUCCAUGAUGUGUGCCCUUCUUCUACAAAUCAUUUUACGUCUUGGAUGGCAAAACAAUUUAUGUGGAUGAGUCCUUCUGAUUAAACGGGAUUUGUGGCAAUUUUUGAUAAGCCAAUAAGUUAUUUAUUGACAUUUCAUCAUUCGAAGAGCUUCAAUCCAUCAAAGGAAAUGACAGAAAGAUAUGAUUUCCUUUUUAAAUUCUUGGUGAUUGGAAGUGCGGGAUCAGGGAAAUCCUGUCUUCUCCAUCAAUUUAUAGAAAACAAGUUCAAGCAGGACUCCAGCCACACCAUCGGAGUGGAGUUUGGCUCCCGGGUGGUAAUGGUCGCUGGCAAGACGGUCAAGCUGCAGAUCUGGGACACAGCUGGACAGGAGCGAUUCCGAUCAGUGACUCGCAGUUAUUACAGAGGGGCAGCAGGGGCUCUCCUGGUUUAUGACAUAACCAGUCGGGAAACGUACAAUUCUCUGACCAACUGGUUGACAGACGCUCGGACACUGGCCAGUCCAAACAUCAUCAUUAUCCUCUGUGGGAACAAGAAGGACCUGGAAGCUGACAGAGAGGUCACUUUCCUUGAGGUAUCCCGUUUUGCCCAGGAGAAUGAAGUGAUGUUCCUGGAGACGAGCGCCCUCACCGGAGAGAACGUGGAGGAGGCCUUCCUCAAAUGUGGUCGCACCAUCCUCAACAAGAUAGAGUCAGGUGACUUAGAUCCAGAGCGGAUGGGCUCAGGGAUCCAGCAUGGUGACACGACGGUGAGGCAGCUUCGCCAGUCGCCACAGGCUGGCUCAGAACAGGGCAGAGAUCCGUGCAACUGUUAAAGGCUAAUGCUAACUCAGCUCUAAGACACACAGAUCCCAUGUCUUCAGGCUUUUAGAGGACUGCCCUGUGACUUUUGACCCCUGCCCCUGGAAAAUUGCUGGAGAGACCCUGUGUGGAACUUAAGGCUGGGUUAGCGUCUUGAUCAGGAACAGUGAUGUGAUUAUCUGGGUCCAGUCAUUGAGAUACUCUUCUCCAGGCCUGUCUCUCUCUGACUACUGCUCCGCUGUGCAUCGCCAGGGACUACAAGUGACAUCAGCAGAGAGACCUGACCAAUCACAGAGCCAGGCCCAUGGACACACACAUCAGGAUGUUUGUUUUCAAUGUCUUUAUUCAGAAGCAACUGCCACAGCAGCUCAUACACCUUUCACUGUUCACUCAAAUGAUGUCUCUUGAUAUAAAGAUAGUGAAAGUCCAGUCAAAGCUUGUAGACAGUGAUGGGACUGACAUGGUGUAAGGAGAACACAACACCAGACUUUUAUUUGUGUUCGAUCUCUAUAAAAGUUUAGCCUAUUUAUUGGUUGUGUUAAACUGUUGUGAAUAUAUCAAAAGGAAAUAACAUUUGUGACAUUGGUGUACAAUGUUUUAUGAGACUGUAAAAAGUAGGGAACUUGUUUGACAACGUUAAUACACUUAUAUAUACAUACACACACACAAAGUAUGUGGACCCCCUCAAAUUAGUGGAUUCAGCUAUUUCAGACACAGGUGUAUGAAGUCGAGCACACCGCCAUGCAAUCUCCAUAGACAAACAUUAGCAAGAGAAUGGCCUUAAUGAAGAGCUCAGAGACUUUCAACGUGACACCGUCAUAGGAUGCCACCUUUCCAACAAGUCAGUUCAUCAAAUUUCUGCCCUGCUACAGCUGCCCCGGUCAUUUGUAAGUACUGUUAUUGUGAAAUGGCAACAACUGCUCAGGUGUGAAGUGUUAGGCCACACAAGCUCACAGAAUGGGACCACCGAGUGUUGAAGUGCGUAAAAAUAAUCUGUCCUCGGGUUGCAACACUCACUAUCGAGUUCCAAACUGCCUCUGGAAGCAACGUCAGCACAAAAACUGUUUGUCGGGAGCUUCAUGAAGUUGAUUUCCAUAGCCGAGCAACCACACAAGCCUAAGAUCACAAUGCCAAGCGUCGGCUAGAGUGGUGUAAAGCUCGCCGCUGUUGGACUCUGGAGCAGUGGAAACGCGUUCUCUGGAGUGAUGAACCACGCUUCACCAUCUGGCAGUCCGUCAAACAAAUCUGGGUUUGGCAGAUGCCAGGAGAAUGCUAACUGCCCCAAUGCAUAGUGCCAACUGUAAAGUUGUUUCAGCAUGACAAUGCCCCCAAGCACAAGCAAGGUCCAUACAGAAAUGUUUUGUUGAGAUCGGAGUGGAAGAACUUGACAGACUCGCACAGAGCCCUGACCUCAACCCCAUCGAAUACCUUUGGGAUGUUUUGGAACGCCACCUGUGAGCCAGGCCUAAUCGCCCAACAUCAGUGCCCGACCUCACUAAUGCUCUUGUGGCUGAAUGGAAGCAAGUCCCCACAUGUCCCAACAUCAAUGGAAAGCAUUCCCAGAAGAGUGGAUGCUGUUAUAGCAGCAAAGGGGGGACCAACUCCAUAUUAAUGCCCAUGAUUUUGGAAGGAGAUGUUCGACGAGCAGGUGUCCACAUACUUUUGUUCAUGUAGUUUAGGAGUUGGAGGCAAGCCCUACAGUCGUUUGUAUGUAUGAAUGAAGACAGUGUGCAUUGGAUCUUGAUGACUCAAACUUCAGGUUAGGGGGAAAACAAAUAUGAUGUAUUUUACAUGUGUGAGGUAUUGUGCAAUGAUUAUGAAAGGGUUGAGGCCAUAUCUAAAUCCACUCAAACCAGAUUGUCAUUGAUGGACCGAAGUAAAGCACAAACGUGAGUAUCUCAAUUUUUAAAGUUGUUUGUGUGAUUGUUUUUAGUAGAUGCAUAUAUCUGGACUAUGAUCUUACAUGUGAUGUUUGUGUGCUAGAUAUAAUUAUUAAACUGAAGAACUGCCCCUCCUUUGCAAAGCCUGUAUGAGCUUGAAUUAAUAAAUAAUUAAGCCAAAUUCAUUACACUUUCUCUUUCUAUAACUUUGCAUUGGUAUGAGUGUGGCUGACACAAAUUUUACACACCCCUGUUCCGGAGUCAGAUCCUACACGUCAACAUAGAAUGAAUCAUCUUCAGUGGUUAAAUUGAGCUAGGGCUACAUGGCUCCUGCACCUUGGGUUAAAGGGAGAGGCAAGCUCCAGCACCUUGGGUUAAAGGGAGAGGCAAGCUCCAGCACCUUGGGUUAAAGGGAGAGGCAAGCUCCAGCACCUUGGGUUAAAGGGAGAGGCAAGCUCCAGCACCUUUCAUGUUCAAAGAGAAAAGUUGGAUAAAAAGUAAGAUAAACCAACAUUAGGGUUGUGGUUGAAGAGGUUUUUUUCAAAUACUAUAUAUACACACAUUUUUCACAUUUGUUUUUCAUGAGAAAUUAAUGCUUAUAGGUACCUUUUUGUGUGUGUAAAAUAUUACUGUUCUCAGAUUUUAAUAGAAUCAUAGGUGUGUAUUAAAAUGGAUUUUGUUGCAAAAUGCUAUAAGUAUCGUAUCCUGUAUAUUUAACAAAUUCAACCCAUCAUAAAUCCAGCCUCAUGCUAUAGUGUUUGGUUAGAGUUAGGUCUUGUCUUGAAUGGCACUACUUUUGACCAGAGAACAGAUGUCAUAUUACUCUUUUGAUAAUUGUUUUAAUAUAUAUUUUUUUAAAUGUCAGAAAUUUAUAAUUUGUACAGUUCUUUAUUAAGUGUUAUUUGUCAUGUUUGAGUGUAAAACCUUGCAGUGUAACAUAGAUACAGACGAGGCGUAUAUAUCUCGUUUUGCAACAAAAUGUGAUUGUUUGUCUCUCUGAAAUACAUCCAUCGUAUAAUAGGUUUCAAACAAAUGUGACAGGGUUGGUUAUGUUUCCACUUGCCUCUAAAGAAAGGGGUAUUUAAUGUUCAAGCAUUCUUAUUGGUUGGUUCAACUUUGAUGACAAUAAGGCGUGUUGUGAUUGGCCCCGCUUGCAGAUAGUGGGAGAUCGCGAAAGUCAGGUCUUCCCAGUAUGAAAAUGUGAUGCAAGGGUUAGGUCACGUUCUGAAUACUGUUUUCUAUUUUACAAUGUGUACAAGUUUGCUGUACAUUACUGAUUUAUACAUGUGUGGGUAUAUGGUACCUGUUAGGGAUUGAGGGGCUUUCUGGGAUGAGCUUUGGCAUAUGAUUGCUGUAAAUAAGUGUGUUAGCUAGCAUACACCGACGUAAUGGUCAUACAAGCCCACUGCUAACGCAGUUGUCUUCAUGCUUCAGAUUUUGCUAUCAAUACCGUUAAGCCCUGCACAACUAACGUGCUGUUUCCUAUUUAACAACAGCAACAGAAAUAAAUUAUGCCCAACUGGGA